CUCCUCAAGAACUGAAGAGCGCUACCUCAACUGUUGCAUCUUCCGUUUUACCACCACAAAAGGAUCAUAAACCAAAACGGCCCAUGAAUGCAUUCAUAAUCUUUUCAAGUGAACGUCGACCUGAAUUACAAAAGAAUGAUCCGAAUAUGCAAACCUCUCAAGUUAGCAAAAUUUUGGGGGAGGAAUGGCAAAAGAUGGAUAACUCACGAAAAGAACAUUAUAAUGAAAGGGCGAGAGUCCUCAAGGAGGAGUUUAAACAGUCAAAUCCUGGGUUUGUUUAUACUCGUCGGGGAACAUCAACUACUACAAAGAAGAAGGCUUCAACAUCCUCGACUACACCUUCCGCCGUCGUUGCCUCUGUUACCCCGACCGCGACGACCGUGACCACCCCCAACACAACGAACGCCCCCACUUCUACCUCCACUACUACAAAAUCUCCUACCGCUCCUAUAGUGGUACCACCUCAAUCUACAAACGUUCCAAUAUCCAAUGGUCCAAUCAAUGGUAGUGUUCCUCCACAUCAUCCAAAUAACGUUUAUUCAUCCCCUCAUAGUAAUGCAACGCCUACUUCAACAGCAACGAAUACAAAUGCUCAACGAAGUUCACUCAAUAAUAAUAUUAACAAGCCACAACAGCCACAACCACCAGCAUUAUCAAAUCCACCAAGGUCGACAAUGUCCACAAUCCCUAUCAGAAAUCGUAAAUUAAGGAGACCAAUGAAUGCCUUCUUGAUCUUUAACAAAGAAAUGCGCCCAAGAGUAUUAGAAACGAAUCCCAAUAUGUCUGUGGCUGAAAUUUCAAAAACAAUUGGUGAAAGUUGGCGUGGAAUGUCUGAUGAACAAAGGGAGGUUUAUCUUCAGAAAGCUCGAAAUUUGAAGAAUGAAUUUCAUGAAUCAAAUCCAGACUUUGUGUAUACACGCCGAUCAAAAGCUGAACUUGCGGCAGCAGGUCAUCAUAGUUAUUCCAAGAAACUAACGGGCGCUCCGCCCAAAGACCCCCGAGGACGUAAAAAGAAACGAAGCCGACAUCCAACUGCGCCAAAGCAUCCAAUGUCGGGAUUUUUAUUCUAUGCAUUAGAGAUGAGACCACAUGUUGCAGAACAAAAUCCUGGAAGUACGGUUGGUCCCAUAAGUAAAAUUAUUGCAAGUCAUUGGAAGGCUUUAACUCCCGAAUCGAGAGCACCAUGGGAGAAAAAGGCUACCGAUGACAAAGCAAGAUAUGCUAGGGAGAUGGAAGCAUAUUUACAAGCACAAAAAGAUGAGGAAUGA